AUGCAAUUCUUUGGGGGGUCUGAGAUUAGUCCUUCACCUCCUGCUCCGACAGCUUCAGGAAACAAUGGGCAUAUGAUGUAUGUGUUUAAUAGAAAUGGUGUGUGCCUGCUCUAUAGGGAGUGGAAUCGCCCCUUGCGGACAUUGAAUGCCCAGCAAGACCAUAAGUUAAUGUUUGGUUUGCUUUUCUCUCUGAAGUCUUUAACUGCCAAGAUGGACCCCACUAGUGCCGCUGAGAAAGGAAACCUUGGUAUGCCUCAGCUACCUGGCCAAGGUUGUUCAUUUCACAGUUUCCGCACUAAUACAUACAAACUUAGUUUCAUGGAAAGUCCUUCUGGAAUUAAGAUCAUCUUGGUGACUCAUCCUAGAACUGGCGAUCUUCGGGAAUCCUUAAAGUAUAUCUACAAUUUGUAUGUUGAAUAUGUUGUCAAGAACCCGCUUUAUACACCUGGAUCUCCUAUUAGGUGUGAGCUGUUCAAUACAACCUUGGAUCAGUAUGUAAGAGGCAUUGCGUAG